AUGAUUAUUAUAAUUUUUAUAAAUUCAUUUUAUUAUAAAAUAUUACCAUGGUUCCUGUAUAUUUCAUUUGGUUGUGAUAUUGUUACUAUGAUUUUUGGAUUUUUUUCAAGUUAUAAAAGAAUUUCAAUGUUAUUAUUUAUUUUCUUUUUAUUAAGUUUAGUAUUAUUUUUAUUUGAUUUUAUUCCAUUAGUUUUAAUGAAUUCUGAAGUUUGGGACGAUUCAGGAUCAGAAAUAAAAGCAAAAGAUAUAUUUCAAUCAAUUUGUGAAAUAUUAUGGUUUACAUCAGAGAUUUUGGUUAUGCAUUUUGCAAGAAAACAAAGAUCACUCUUGGAACAAUUAGAAUCUGAUAUCAUUAGCAGUAAUAAUAUAGAUAAUAAUAAUACAAUAACAACCACUGCAGUAUUUGGACAAGAUAAUCAUCAUAGUUGUAGUAAUAGUAACCAUGAAAAAGAUAAAAUUAAAUCUUCACUUUUUAUAUGUGUAGAUGGAUUUCAAACUGAAGAUCAACAUUUACCUGAAAAUCAAAAAGAACAAUCAAUAAAUUCAAAACAAGAGCCAAAUAGAAAAUCAGCUCAAUCUAACUGUGAACAAUAUAAUCAUCAACAAUUGCAACAACCACAACAACAACAAUUUCAACAAUUACCCCAACAUCAACAUCAACAGCAACAGCAACAACAACAACAACAACAACAACAACAACAACAACAACAACAACAACAACAACAACAACAACAACAUGAACAACAACAUGAACAACAACAUGAACAACAAUAUGAACACCAACAAGAACAACAAAAUAAUGAUGAUCAUUUUAUAUCAAUUGAUUUAUCAGAUUCGAAUAAAAAAUAA